CCCCCCCUCCCUGUCCGGUCCGGGUUCGCUUGCCUCGUCAGCGUCCGCGUUUUUCCUGGCCCCCCCCAACCCCCCCGGACAGGACCCCCUUGAGCUCGUCCCUCAGCUGCCACCAUGAGCGACCAAGAUCACUCCAUGGAUGAAAUGACAGCUGUGGUGAAGAUUGAAAAAGGAGUUGGUGGAAAUAAUGGGGGCAAUGGUAAUGGUGGUGGUGCCUUUUCUCAGGCUCGAAGCAGCAGCACAGGCAGUAACAGCAGUGGAGGAGGAGGAGGGCAGGAAUCCCAGCCAUCCCCUUUGGCUCUGCUGGCAGCAACUUGCAGCAGAAUUGAGUCACCCAAUGAAAACAGCAACAACUCCCAGGGCCCAAGCCAGUCAGGGGGCACAGGUGAGCUUGACCUCACAGCCACACAACUCUCACAGGGUGCCAAUGGCUGGCAGAUCAUCUCUUCCUCCUCUGGGGCUACCCCUACCUCAAAGGAACAGAGUGGCAGCAGUACCAAUGGCAGCAAUGGCAGUGAGUCUUCCAAGAAUCGCACAGUCUCUGGUGGGCAGUAUGUUGUGGCUGCCACGUCCAACUUACAGAACCAGCAAGUCCUGACAGGAUUACCUGGAGUGAUGCCUAAUAUUCAGUAUCAAGUAAUCCCACAGUUCCAGACCGUUGAUGGGCAACAGCUGCAAUUCGCUGCCACUGGGGCCCAAGUGCAGCAGGAUGGUUCUGGUCAAAUACAGAUCAUACCAGGUGCAAACCAACAGAUCAUCACAAAUCGAGGAAGUGGAGGCAACAUCAUUGCUGCUAUGCCAAAUCUACUCCAGCAGGCUGUCCCCCUUCAAGGCCUGGCUAAUAAUGUACUCUCAGGACAGACUCAGUAUGUGACCAAUGUACCAGUGGCCCUAAAUGGGAAUAUCACCUUGCUACCUGUCAACAGCGUUUCUGCAGCUACCUUGACUCCUAGCUCUCAGGCAGUCACUAUCAGCAGCUCUGGGUCCCAAGAGAGUGGUUCACAGCCUGCCACCUCAGGGACUGCCAUCAGUUCUGCCAGUUUGGUAUCAUCACAAGCCAGUUCCAGCUCCUUUUUCACCAAUGCCAAUAGCUACUCAACAACUACUACCACCAGCAACAUGGGAAUUAUGAACUUUACCACCAGCGGAUCAGCAGGGACCAACUCUCAAGGGCAGACACCCCAGAGGGUCAGUGGGCUACAGGGGUCUGAUGCUCUAAACAUCCAACAGAACCAGACAUCUGGAGGCUCUCUGCAAGCAAGUCAACAAAAAGAGGGAGAGCAGAACCAGCAGACACAGCAACAGCAGCAAAUUCUUAUCCAGCCUCAGCUUGUUCAAGGGGGACAGGCUCUCCAGGCCCUCCAAGCAGCACCAUUGUCAGGGCAGACCUUUACAACUCAAGCUAUCUCCCAGGAAACCCUCCAGAAUCUCCAGCUUCAGGCUGUUCCAAACUCUGGCCCCAUCAUCAUCCGGACACCAACAGUGGGGCCCAAUGGACAGGUCAGUUGGCAGACUCUUCAGCUGCAGAAUCUCCAAGUUCAGAACCCACAGGCCCAGACAAUCACCUUGGCCCCAAUGCAGGGCGUUUCCUUGGGGCAGACCAGCAGCAGCAAUACCACCCUUACACCCAUUGCCUCAGCUGCCUCCAUCCCUACCGGCACAGUCACUGUGAAUGCUGCUCAGCUCUCCUCCAUGCCUGGCCUCCAGACCAUUAACCUCAGUGCAUUGGGUGCUUCAGGAAUCCAGGUGCACCAGCUUCCAAGCCUGCCCUUGGCUAUAGCAAAUGCCCCAGGUGAUCAUGGAGCUCAGCUUGGCCUCCACGGAGCUGGUGGUGAUGGAAUACAUGAUGACACAGCAGGUGGAGAAGAAGGAGAAAACAGCCCAGAUCCCCAACCCCAGGCUGGUCGGAGGACCCGGCGUGAAGCCUGCACCUGCCCCUAUUGUAAAGAUAGUGAAGGAAGGGGCUCUGGGGAUCCUGGCAAAAAGAAACAGCACAUUUGCCAUAUCCAAGGCUGUGGGAAAGUAUAUGGCAAGACCUCACACCUACGGGCACACUUGCGCUGGCAUACAGGCGAGAGGCCAUUCAUGUGUACUUGGUCAUACUGUGGGAAGCGCUUUACACGUUCAGAUGAGCUACAGAGACACAAACGCACACACACAGGUGAGAAGAAAUUUGCCUGCCCUGAGUGUCCCAAGCGCUUCAUGAGGAGUGACCACCUGUCAAAGCAUAUCAAGACCCACCAGAAUAAGAAAGGAGGCCCAGGUGUAUCCCUGAGUGUGGGCACUUUGCCCCUGGACAGUGGGGCAGGUUCAGAAGGCAGUGGCACGGCCACCCCUUCAGCCCUUAUUACCACCAAUAUGGUAGCCAUGGAGGCCAUCUGUCCAGAGGGUAUUGCCCGUCUUGCCAACAGUGGCAUCAACGUCAUGCAGGUGGCGGAUCUGCAGUCCAUUAAUAUCAGUGGCAAUGGCUUCUGAGAUCAGGCACCCAGGGCCAGAGACAUAUGGGCCAUACCCAUCAACCCUGGGAUGCAAGGUAGCAUGGGUCCAAGAGACAUGUGGGAGAGAGAGCCAUGAGGCAUUAAAAUGCAUGGUGGUGGGAAGAAUUUGGGGGAGGGAUACAAGAGAAGAGAUGGGGUCCUGGCACCCACCUAUAUCAUCAGUACCUCCUUGAAGUGGGAAACAUUAGUGAAAAUUCUGUUGGUGCCACCCUUUGAUGGGCAUUUGUUUGACCCCAAACAGUUUCUUAUACUUCUUACCCCAGCCUCCCCUUCCUGCCUUUCCCUUCUCAGCUCCCCCAUGAUGGAUCCCCCCCUUUCCUAAAGCCAUCAUGCCUUGAUAAAUAUAUAUGAUCAUUGAAAUACUUUUUAACAAAAAAAAAAAACCAGAUUCUAUAUUAUAUAUAUAUACAUAUAUAUAUAUAUAUAAAAGAUAUAUAGAGAUGCAUUUGCAGGGGUUGGCUGGGAGGAGGAAGGAGACCAUUCUGUGACCAAAAUACCUUGGUCAUUUUUUAUAUUGCCUUAUUUCCCUAUGGCUGAGCCUUGUUGUGACACAUCAAGCUUUUCUAGAGAUGUUGUCUUGGCUUCCCACCAGAUUAAGCAUUCAUAUGCUCUGCUUUUAGUUUAUAUACACAUACAUAAUGUUUUUCCUUUCUUAAUUUUGUCUUUUUAUUUGGGAUCAGCUUCUUGCACUCCUUUCUUGACUCAACCUUUCUGUCUCCCUUUCUCUCACCUGAUUGCUUCAUAUUUUGGUAAUGAUCCCUGGAUGAGGCACUUCUGUCAACCUUUUAAGGUUCUUGGUCCCAGCAGCAGAAUGGAGAGCCUUGAAGCCCAGGCUGAUGCUUGAGGUAGCUGUGGAGAGAGUGUUCAAAACUACUACUGACGCAGGCACCCUCUUGGCGCUGGAGAGUCAAAGGCACCUCUUCUCAUCAGCUGCUGUAAGCAUCAAGAGUCAGAAGUCUUUCUGUGGAAUUGUACAAGAGACCCUUUAAAGGUUAUAAUCUGGGAUCAAUUUGUAUAAACUGUCAAAAGUGGUCAAAUAAUAUGUAGGGGCUUUCAAUAGGAAAAUGAUGCGCUCAAAAGUGGAAGUGACUCAGAGUAGUCCAGUUCAGGAAUUAGUGGAGUAUUUGGAUUUUUGUACAGCUGUCUUCCAAAGUAGAUCUAAGCUUUGGUAUGGGUUUCUGAGGUCACAUUCUGAAAGGAAAUGCACUUCCUCUUUUGAACAUCCCUGGUAGUUUCUUUCUCAUGUUAUUAAGGAGCAUCAGCCAAUAAAUCUGUUCCAGGUUUCCAUUCUGCAGAGCUCCAGAGUCUGUACCCGUGGCAAGGCAGUGGUUCUUUGAUCUUUUCUCUUAAUUCUUCCUUGGGUGGUUCCUAAGGGAAAAGGAAGCACACGAUCAUGGGAACAACAGCCCAGAACAAAAAGAAAUCUUGUCUUACCACUGUGGUUUAUAGGAGAGAUUGGGAGACACCAUCCUGCUUUCUCCAUGGCCUGAUUCUUGAAGAGACUGAUCCAAAAAUUAUAGCGGCAGGGAACUCUUAGUGCAUUUGGCACUGAGACUUAAAUGCAACCAGAGUUGUCCUCAAGGCCCAGCCAUUAAAACAUUGUCUCUCUUGACCUUCUGGUAUCUGUCAGAGAGCUUUUCACUGUGAGGAAGUGUGGAAAUGGCUGUGUGUAUGUGUGUAAUCUGUUAGAUUGGGGAUAGGUUUUCUGUUAGCCUAUACUAAAAGAGACCUGCAAUAAAAAAUUGCCCUGAUCUGAUAGAAAAUGAAGUGUUUGUGUAUGACUGUGUGUGAGUGUGUUUUGUGCCUGUAUAUAUCUACACACAGAUGAGAAAUUAUAUUUGAAAUUGUUGGAAAAUAAAUCAAAUUCAGCUCAAAAUGCCUUUCAGGCCCAUUACCUAGAAAUCUGUCUUAAAACCUGGGUAUGUUCCUGAGGUCAUUUCUUUGCUUAUGCUAAAUUAGCUACAAUUAUGAAUGGGGGAUAUUCUACUGCACUUUUUAAAAAGAAACUAUUUUUGUGUUUGAAAGGAAACCAACAUCCAGAUCUAUAGCAGAGUCCUAGUUUCUUUCAUAAAUCUUUUUACCUUGACUACAAAUAGAUGAUGCUAUGAUUCUAUAUAUUUUAUAUAAAAUCUAUCCAAAUUAG